AUGAGGGUAUACCUGCUUCCCGCCAUCUCCACGGCUCUUGCCUUGCUUCCGGCCGGUAUACUCGCCGGAGGGGCCGGUCAAUCGUCGGCAGCGGCUGCAUCGGCCCGUCAAGGCCAGGGAUCUGUCACUGAUGAAUGUCAUAUAUUUGUCCACGAAAAAGACGACCCAGUAACGCUCUUUGCGUACGGCAAGAACGUCAUUGGACAGAAUGCCUUCGUCCAGCCCGUGAAGUUCAACAAUAAUCCAAACGAUCCGAGGAUCGUUCCGAUUAGUCACCUUAGACUUAACAGUCCCUUGAACGACCUGGACUGGGAAUUCUCGACCAGAGCGGAUGAUAAGAACCCGACUGAAUGCAUUGCCAAGAUAUUGCCAAAUCAAAAUGGUUGGGUGGAGGGGAAAUAUGUGUUUUGGACUCGGAGGACAACGCAAAACAAAAUACCGAUAUGGUAUGAGAAGAGGCUGGACGCUCCGGGUUGGCUGUAUGAGUAA